AUGUGGAUGAUCUUGUAUAUGAUCCAGGGAUACGCCCCCCCUAUCGAGUCAUAUGAUCCUAACAUCAGAGAUGAUUUUAGGAUGUCAUACUUAGAGAAGGGUCCUUGUCAACCAUAUGGACGUGAUUUUCCAAGAAAAUUGAUGGAGAAUGAUAAUAAAUGUUUUCAAAAAGAAUGGUUGACUGUAGUGAUAGAUUGUACCAGACUCCUCUUGAUGCAAGGAUUGUCAUUUUGUGGUCAUGAUGAAUCGAAAGAGUCUCUUAAUGGAGGAAAUCUAAUUGAGUUACUGAACUGGUAUGUAGCUCGUUGUAAGGAAAUUAAAGAAGUAUUAUUUAGUAAUGCUCCUGAAAAUGACCAAAUGACUUCACCAACCAUCCAAAAGAAUUUGGUUAAUUGUUGUGACAUAGAGACGACAAGGGCUAUUAUCAAUGAGACACGUGAUUCUUUGUUUUCAAUUUUGGUUGAUGAGGCUCGUGAUAAUUCUAUGAAAGAACAAAUGACAGUUGUUUUGAGGUUUAUUGACAAAAGUGGGCAAGUGAAAGAGCUUUUUUGGGAUGUCAUUAAUGCAAUGUUUUCUACACAUGGGUUGAGCAUAUCUAGCUUGAGAGGUCAAGACUAUAAUAGAGCAAGUAAUAUGUCAGGUGAGUUCAAUGGGUUGAAAGCUUUAAUUCUAAGAGAGAACCCACGUGCUAUGUAUGUUCAUUGCUUUGCUCACCAGCUUCAAUUGACAAUUGUAUCUGUGGCACGUAGGAAUUGUAUGCUUGGUGAUUUUUUCGACAUACUUGCUAUUAUUGUGAAUUUGCUUGGUACAUCAUGUAAGCGUGUAGAUGCUCUUCGAAUAAAUUAUCAAACUAAUAUUCUGGAGAAGCUUAAUAUUGGGAAACUUACUGGUGGAAGUCGUCAGUUUCAAGAAAUGAGUUUGGCACGCCCAGAUAAUACUAGAUAUGUUCUUGAAAAUAUAUCAGAAGAUGGCGUACAUUCAGAUAAAAAUUCUUCGACUAACAUGAAAGAGAAUGGUUGGGAUACUUUGCUGAGUAGGGUAAUUGAGUUUUGUGUUGAUAGACAUAUUUUAGUGCCCAAUAUGGAGGAUACUGUAGUAGUGAAAGAUCGACCUAGGCGUGUAGCUCAGCAGGAUUUCAAUAGUGAAGAGUUUUUAUUACUUAGACAUCAACUUGAUAAAUUUCUUUUGCUUGUGAGAAUGGACGAAACUUUCUUUAAUCUCAAUAGCAUAUCUUGUGUAGCUCAGAAGUUGGUUGAAACUAGAAGUUCCUGUUAUUUUCCAUUGGUAUAUAGGCUGCUCACCUUAGCUUUGAUAUUACGUGUGGCAACUGCAAGUAUUGAAAGAGUAUUUUCUGCUAUAAUCUAA